AUGUUAUGUCAUAAAGCCUUGCAUGUAUCUUUCCGUAGAUACUCUAGCUCAUUCAAAAACUCAACUGUUUUAAGGAAACCAAAUUUUGAUUUGAAGAAUAUUAUUAUUAAUAGCGAAAAAUAUAAAGAUGCAAUAAUUCGAAGAAAUACUCCAGAAUUGAUCCAGAGUCUUGAAUAUGUGGUAACUCGCAGACCAAUUGAAAUCGAGUUAACUAACAAAAUCAAUACUAAAAAGCAUGAAAGAUCAAAGCUAAGUGAAGUUAUGAAAGAACUAAAAAGUAAUGCACCAAUAGAGAUAAAGGAAAAAUUAGCUAAAGCUAAAAGUGAGUUGAAAUUAUUGGAGACUGAACGUGAUGAAUUGUCUCAAACUAUACAUGAGCAUGCCGAGUCCCUUCCUAAUUUACUUGAUGCUACAGUACCUAAGAACACAUUAGAAGGUGAUAUAGUAAAGUUCAUAAAUUGUGCAUCGGAAGAAGAUGCAGAAAGAUCCAAACCGAAGUCUAAACUUGAUCAUAAGAGUAUUGGAGAAAAGUUAAAUAUUAUGAAUUUCAAUACUGCAGCAAGAGUUUCUGGAUCAUCUUGGUAUUAUCUUACUGGAGAUGGUGCUUUGUUGGAGCAAGCAUUGAUUCAGUAUGGUUUUUCAAAAGCUCGUGUAAAUGGAUAUACUAUGGUUACCCCUCCAUCAAUUGUAAAGAAUGAAAUCGUUAAUGCAUGUGGUUUCAAGCCUAAUGAUCAGAAUGGAGAGCAGCAGGUGUAUCAAUUAACUAAUGACAAUUUGUCUUUAAUAGGUACCGCCGAAAUUCCAUUAGGUGCUUAUCAUUCAUCUUCGACUUUUCCUUCAACACAGAAUUAUCCUAUAAAGUACGUAGGUGUAUCUAGAUCCUUUAGAGCGGAAGCUGGUGCUCGUGGGUCGGAUACUAAAGGGUUAUACAGGGUCCACGAAUUUACAAAAGUCGAAUUAUUCCAUUUUACAACGCCAGACAAGGCUUCGCAAGAACUAGAAGAUAUCAAGAAUUUUCAAAUUAGCAUAAUUGAGGAUUUAGGUUUGAGUGCAAAAAUGAUAAAUAUGCCAAGUUCAGAUUUAGGGGCUCCUGCUCUAAAGAAAUUUGAUUGUGAAGCAUGGAUGCCUGGAAGAAAAGGAUGGGGUGAAUUAACAAGUUGUUCAAAUUGCGGGGAUUAUCAGUCAAGGAGAUUAGGUAUUAAAUAUGAAGAUAGUAAGGAUGAAAAUAAAUUAAAAUACAUUCAUACGUUGAAUGGAACUUGCGUCGCCGUACCCAGAUUAAUUGUUGCUAUAAUAGAACAAUUUUAUGACCCAGCUACUGAAUCCAUCUUAAUUCCAGAAGUUUUAAGACAAUACAUGGAUGGCAAAGAGAGAAUUUAUCAAAAUUAG